AUGGCGACCGAAUACACAGCUUCAUCGGCCUUCUGCGAAGCGCUAUGGGAUGCGGGCGUAAGAUACUGCUUCGUCAAUCUUGGAUCAGAUCACCCAGGUCUCAUGGAAGCCAUGGUGAAGGGACAGAAAGAACGACCUGAUCGAUUCCCGAAGUUUAUUACCUGCCCAAGUGAGAUGGUGGCACUCUCUAUUGCCGACGGAUAUGCCCGUGUCACUGGACAGCCACAGGCGGUGAUAGUUCACGUCGAUGUUGGCACUCAGGCCUUGGGAUGUGCAGUUCACAACGCCAGCGUGGGGCGAGCUCCUGUGUUGAUCUUUGCUGGUCUGUCACCUUGCACCCAAGAAGGGGAGUAUCGCGGGAGCCGGACCGAAUUCAUUCACUGGAUGCAGGAUGUUCCAGAUCAGAAGGCUAUAGUGGCGCAGUAUUGUCGAUAUACUGCGGAGAUCAAGAAGGGAAGGAAUAUCAAGCAGAUUGUGAAUCGAGCGUUGAGUUUCGCUACCAGCGAACCCAAGGGACCGGUCUACCUGCAGGGUACUCGGGAGGUAAUGGAAGAAGUCAUCGAGCCAUACACCAUUCAGCAGAAGUUCUGGAAGCCGAUCGAACUUGGAGGUCUAACGGCAGAGCAACUUGCGUUCAUCACAGACUGCCUCAUCAAGGGCAGGGAGCCUCUCGUCGUCACGGGCUACGGCGGUCGAGAUGCAAAAGUGGUCGCCUCUCUAGUCCAGCUUGCAAAUACGAUCCCUGGUCUGCGCGUUCUGGAUACAGGCGGCUCCGACAUGUCAUUUCCUGCGGAUCACCCAGCUUGGCUAGGAUUCCGAUACGGCUCGCACGAUAGCAUACGCUCUGCCGACAUGAUUCUUGUGCUUGAUUGCGAUGUGCCUUGGAUCAAUACACAAUGUGUACCACGCGAGGAUGCGACCAUCAUACACCUUGAUACGGACCCACUGAAGCAACAAAUGCCGCUGUUCUAUAUCGAUGCUGUUCUCCGUUGUCGGGUGAGCGUUACAGCGGCACUGACGCAAAUCCUGCAGUCACUCGCUGUGGACAAGGCGUGUCAACAGAAGAUCCUGCAGAAGCGUGAUGCAUAUCAGCAACGGAAGUCUGCGCUACAGGCAUCACAUACUACUCUACUACGGAGCAUUGUCUCACAGGCCGUGCCGCAUCCUGACACUACAUUCGGUGCGCCAUAUCUACUGGCCCAAGUCCGGAAGAGCUGCCCUCCGGACACAAUCUGGGCAGUUGAGGCUGUGACAAACACACCUCACGUGGCCGAUCAGAUACAGGCAACACUUCCCGGAAGCUGGCUGAACUGUGGUGGCGGCGGGUUGGGUUGGUCAGGCGGUGGGGCUUUAGGUAUCAAGAUGGCUACUGAUAGCUUGAACGGCGGACCAGGGAAGGGAGCGUUCGUCUGUCAGAUCGUAGGAGAUGGGUGUUUUCUCUUCUCGAUGCCUUCGAGUGUAUUCUGGAUCGGGCAGAAGUAUAAGAUUCCGGUGCUGACGAUUCUGCUGAAUAAUGAUGGCUGGAAUGCACCCCGACACUCGAUGCAACUAGUGCAUCCGAACGGGUUUGGUUCAAAGGUCAACAACCAGGAGCUCAACAUCUCUUUCUCACCAAACCCAGACUACUGCACUAUUGCGAAAGGAGCAUCUGGCGGAGGGUGUUGGGCAGAGUCGGCGGCCACGGUCGAGGAGCUGGCUGCCAGAUUACCGGAAGCUGUGGCUGCGGUGAAAGCUGGGCGUUCCGCUUUGCUGGACGCUCGGAUUGUGAAGGAGGUUAGAGCUCACCUUUGA